AUGGCACGACUUAGGUGUUUCGUCUACCUAUCGUUACUAUCAUGUCUCUGCUCUGCUGCACCGGCGGCGACGCAGCACUGCAAAGUCCUGCCUGGCGACGCAGCUUGGCCGUCUUUCACCGCCUGGGAACAAUUGAACCGCACAGUAGAAGGUCGUCUGAUUGCCACUGUGCCUGAAGCAGCCGUCUGUCAUAGAGGCGGCUACGCAUUCGCAGCGUACAAUGAAUCGAGUUGCUCUGCGCUCCAGGUAACUUGGAAUGCUCCAGAGACAUAUGAGCCCGUUGCCGGAGCCAUCAUGAACCCAUAUUAUCAAAACCAGACAUGCGUACCCUUCACUCCCUUCAACCAGACCUGUACGCUCGGCAACCUCGUCAGCUACUCUAUCAAUGUAGCAUGUGCGGAAGAUGUCGCCGCUGGAAUUCGAUUUGCAGGGGAACACAACAUCCGUCUGGUUAUCAAAAACACGGGUCACGACUUUACGGGCGGAUCCACGGGAGAGGGUGCACUCGCACUCUGGAUGUGGAAUUUGAAGUCUAGCACCUUUGUCGAUAAUUACACUGGUAUCGGCGACUAUCACGGCCCAGCAAUCACGCUUGGCGCUGGGAUGGCCGGGUACGAGGCGUACUAUGCAGUAAACGCUCGGGGAUAUCGCAUUGUUGGCGGUGAUUGUCCUACAGUCGGCAUCACGGGAGGUUACGCGCAGGGUGGCGGCCACUCGCUGCUGACCGGCACUUACGGCAUGGCAUCAGACCAGGUGCUGGAAUGGGAGGUUGUCACUGCCAAUGGGAGCCAUCUUGUUGCCACUCCUUUCCAGAAUGCCGAUCUGUACUGGGCGAUGAGCGGCGGUGGAGGAGGGACCUAUGCUGUUGCGCUGAGCAUGACGUACAAGAUCUAUCCCGAAAGCAUUGUGGGAAGCGCGACGUUGAGCUUCAACGCCACCGCAAACAGCAACGCAACCUUCACCAAGGCGCUGGAGGCGUGGUGGAAAGCUACACCCAGCAUCGUCGAUGGGGGCGCCUCCGUCUUGUGGGGGGUCGAAGAGGGAAUCUUUCUCCUCGAGGGUACUACCGCCCCAGGUCUGACUGCAGAAGAAGUGGGUCAACUGUUUGCGCCAUUCCGACAGACUCUUGGGAACCUCAGUGUCCAAUAUACUUUCGCAGCCACCCAGUCCCCAUCUUAUUUCGACCACUUCAGCGCUCAGGUGGGCGGCCUGCCGUACGGGGAGUAUACGGGAACGUAUCUCGAACACAGCUGGCUAGUUCCUCGGGAGAUUCUCGACAACCCCGACAGAGUGUCCAACUUGAGCCAGACGAUGAUUAACGUGGUGACGGAGGCCAAUCCUCAGGCAGGCGAUCACAUUGGCUGCCAAAGCAUGAGUCUCAAGAACGUGCCACCGCAGUACGACAACGCCGUAUUCCCCUCUUGGCGCGACACAAUCGCCAUCUGCCUCGUGAAUGCGCUAUGGAACUGGACUAUCCCGUACUCGGAGAUGUUAGAGCGCAAAGCGUACAUUGCCCAUGUGAUAGCCCCGGCCAUGCAGGCUGCCACCCCGGGCGGGGGUAGCUACAGGAACGAGGUGGAUUCAUGGGCUUUCCCGCAGGCUGAUACGGCAAAAUGGCAGCAUGGUUUGUUUGGGGUAAAUUACCACCGCCUGAGGGAAAUCAAGAGAAAGUGGGACCCAGCAUCGCUAUUCUACGCAAACAUAGCCGUUGGCAGUGAAGAUUGGGUUGUAGCUGCCGAUGGUCGCUUAUGCAGAGCGUAG